UGUUUUCUACCAAUUAAAACACAUUUAUACCCACAAAGAAACGUCCAAGUUAACAUGUUACUAAACCCUUUCUCUCUACCUCUUACCAAAAAACUAAUAACACAAAACCUAAGCUUGAUAAUUGGUUCUCCAUUUGUGAUCAUUCUUUUGCAGUCUAAGUGUUUGAUAAAUUGCCUCACAGAGUCAAAAAAAUGAAGGGAGAAGAACAAUCAGUAUCUUUGUUUGGAAUUUCUCUAACAAAUAAACCAAAAUGGCAACAAUUCUUCAUUUGCUCUUCUGGGUUCUUCUUUGGGUACCUUGUUAAUGGCAUUUGUGAGGAGUAUGUGUAUAACAGGCUUCAAUUCAGCUAUGGGUGGUAUUUCACAUUUGUACAAAGCUUUAUCUAUUUGUUGCUCAUAUACAUUCAAGGUUUCACACCAAAACAAAUGGUGAACCCUUGGAAAGUAUAUGUUAAACUCUCUGCUGUUCUUAUGGGUUCACAAGGGUUGACCAAAGGGUCUUUGGCUUUCCUCAAUUAUCCUGCACAACUCAUGUUUAAAUCAACUAAGGUGUUACCUGUUAUGAUAAUGGGUGCUUUCAUUCCGGGUUUGAAACGAAAGUACCCGCCGCAUGAAUAUCUCUCUGCGGUUCUUCUAGUUAUUGGGUUGAUUCUCUUCACUUUGGCUGAUGCGAAUUCUUCGCCAAAUUUUAGUGUUAUUGGUGUUGUGAUGGUUUGCGGGUCUCUGGUUAUGGAUUCUUUUUUGGGUAAUUUGCAAGAAGCGAUUUUUACGGUUAACCCGAAUACUACACAGAUGGAAAUGUUAUUCUGCUCAACGGUAGUCGGGUUGCCUUUUCUAGUUCCGCCAAUGGUUUUAACCGGAGAAUUGUUCAAAGCAUGGCAUUCAUGCUAUGAACAUCCGUAUGUGUAUGGAGUCUUAGUGUUUGAAGCUGCAGCCACCUUUGUCGGUCAAGUAUCUGUUUUAUCACUCGUUGCUCUUUUCGGGGCUGCUACAACUGCUAUGAUAACUACUGCAAGAAAGGCGGUAACCUUAUUGCUGUCUUACAUUUUAUUUACGAAACCAUUGACCGAACAACACGGGUCAGGGCUAAUCCUGAUAGCUAUGGGCUUGAUCUUGAAGAUGGUACCUGCUCAUAAUGCUCCUGGAUACGGUCAAAAGUCGGAUAUGACUCUGAAACAAGUGAAAUUGCACCCAAAGGGACAAAAAAGUGUAGAUCUUGAAGAAAAGAGGCCUCUGGUGUAAGAUGGUCAAUGUUUUGACUUUUGAUUUCUUGGGCUCGGCCACAUUUUGCUCGUUGGUAGAAUGUUUGGGUAGCGAUAUUAUGUGAAGAUACGAUGGCUUAGAUUGUAUGUCGGAUUUCGUUAGAUUCAUGAUGGAAAAUCAUAGUCAAUUUCACAGAUAAAAUUCUGUAUGUAUAUGUGUAUGUGAAGUGAAAUGUUAAAAGAAAGUAUGUAACUUGUGUUCUUGAUAACUU